AUGCUCCCAAACCUUUUAAAUGCUUCUGCUUGCAUGACUAGCUUAAAUUUGGAAAUGUUUUAUAAUCUGACAUUUUCAGUGGUAUUCUUUUGGUCCGCCCGUUCAAUAAGAAGCGAUAUAUCAGCGGAGCUAUUUCUGGACGUUGAGUACGAGUUGCUUGACGAUUUCACAACUCCCGAUUCAGACUGGAAUGACAUCGGCAAAAAGGCUUCUCAAGGAACGCGCUGCGCAUUUGAAGAUUGCCAGGAAACUCUCAAAAAGUACAGAAGAGCCUCCCUUCAAAAGAAAAAGACGAGCAGGGUGCCUAAACGUUCGAGCGAGGAACGAAGUGGAACAAAGCUGUCUAAAACUGACGACGAAGAUAAAGCUAAGGUUGCGAAGUCAGAGAACCAAGAAGAUGGCAAGGAUAAUAAACAUGGAAGCGCUCAGAAAGACAAAAGAUCUACGAGGUCGCAGAGCGCAGAAGAUGGCAGAAUAAAUAAGCCCGGAAGCGAGGAAAAUGAAGAGAAACGUACGAAGGUGCAAAGCAAAGAGUAUGAAAAACCUGAUAAAUUGGAAAGUCAGGAAAAAGCACGGAAGCAUACAAAGUUGAGCAGUAGGGAAAAAGACGAGAAGGUAUCCAGGCUGGAAAGCGGCCGAGAUUACAUACCCAAUACAUUGGGAAGCAAAGAAAAACCUUUUGAAUAUAUGAAAUCCGUUUACUACGACGAUAAGGACUCCGACUAA